CAGGGGUCACAUGCUACGCUGUUUUUUUUAUGGGCUAGAAAACACUUGGGCUCAGUCAUUGCCUGCGGUGGAGCCAGAAGGUGUUGUGGCGACCUAUCAGCAUUUAUCCUUACAGGUUGGUCACCAAAUGGCUCUGUCUUCACUCCAUCACUAAGAAAGUAACGUCAGCUGCCUCCAGACUGUUGUGGUACUUGAGGCGUUGGACACAAGCGUUCGGCUACAGCUGGCUGAUUCCUUUUCCCAUCACCCAGACUCUCUUAUCUAAUUUUACCUCGCUUGGAGAUUACUUUUCCCGGGUGCGUGAGGCCUCUCAGGCUGAACUACUUCCUGUCCACUCAUGGCGAUCAACACGGAUGUUGAAGACUGGGGCGGCGUUGGCAGCACUGACUCUGGAGAAAGGGCCUGGCUCUUGCAGAGCCCCAGCGUGGAUUCUGUCGGGCAGCUAGAGGCGGACAGGAGGCGGAGCGGAGGUGUGUCGUCUCUUGGAGCCGUCUUCAUCGUCGUGAAUGCAGCACUGGGAGCAGGUCUCCUCAACUUCCCAGCAGCCUUCAGUAUGGCUGGAGGAGUGACUGCAGGAAUAAUGCUUCAGAUGUUUAUGCUGAUCUUCAUUAUCAGUGGGCUGGUGAUCCUGGGAUACUGCUCCCAGGUCAGUAAUGAAGGCACCUAUCAGGAGGUUGUUCGUGCCACUUGUGGGAAAGUCACAGGCAUCAUAUGUGAAGUAGCAAUUGCUGUCUACACCUUUGGCACUUGCAUUGCUUUCUUUAUAGUCAUUGGGGACCAGCUGGAUCGCUUGAUCGGCGCCGUGGCUCAUGAUGCAGACGGUGUAAUCAGCGGCCCCUGGUACACUGACCGCAAAUUUACCAUUGUAGUAACUGCGGUUGUGGUUAUUCUUCCUCUCUCCAUCCCAAAAGAGAUUGGCUUUCAGAAGUAUGCCAGUGCCAUAAGUGUCAUGGGAACCUGGUAUGUUACCAUCGUGGUCAUUAUAAAGUACAUCUGGCCGGAUAAAGAAGUGUCGCCGGGCUAUAUUCCCAGCAGUUCUGCUUCCUGGACCGCAGUUUUCAAUGCAAUGCCCACCAUAUGCUUUGGUUUCCAGUGCCAUGUCAGCUGCGUGCCGGUAUUCAACAGCAUGAGCAGGAAAGCGCUCAAACCUUGGGGACUUGUCGUCACCCUCAGCAUGAUAAUCUGCCUCUUUGUUUACACUGGAACAGGCGUCUGUGGCUUCCUGACGUUCGGCUCCAGCGUCAACCAGGAUGUGUUGAUGUCGUAUCCCUCUAAUGACAUCGCUGUGGCUGUCGCAAGAGCUUUCAUCGUUAUCUGUGUGGUCACCUCCUACCCUAUUUUACACUUCUGCGGCAGGGCGGUGAUCGAGGGGCUUUGGCUGCGUUUCCAAGGCGAACAGGUGGAGGUCUGUGUGCGUCGUGAGCAGAGGAGGAGGAUCCUGCAGACGCUCGUGUGGUUUGUGGUCACCCUCGUCCUGGCCCUGUUCAUCCCAGACAUCGGCCGUGUGAUCUCGCUGAUCGGAGGGUUGGCAGCCUGCUUCAUCUUCGUCUUUCCAGGUUUGUGUUUGAUGCAAGCCAAGCUAUCAGAGACAGACAGUCGAUCUGCAAGCUGGCAUACGUUGGUGAUCCUCGCAAUUGUCAUGGUCACACUGGGAGCUUUCAUCUUUGGCCUCACCACGACAAACUCCAUCUAUCAAGAUGUCGUCAGCUAAAAGGAGCCAGCACCGUCCUCAGUAAUGAACAAGGGCGACUGCUCAGACUAUUGCUGCUACUCUGGACUUCUGGAUGAGAUGAAGAACCUCAUGACACUCAUUUAAAAAACAAAAAAAAAAAAGUCCACAAGACCACUACGGCUUGUCUCAUCAUCAACUCCAUAUAGUCUACAGCGUUUUUCCCAAUCAGAGUCCCAACAGACCGCAGAGUGACUUCAGACACUUUUCUUUUGAGUUUAAAUAGCAUGUUUUAUGUUUUUGGCUGUGUCGUCGUCCCAGAGACGGGCUUCUCCUGUCUCUGGACCCCGUGUGGGUGACACAUUUCUGUCCUGUUUCCAAGGGCUGAGGGACUUCGCAUCAGGUCUUUCAAUCAGAUUGAUUUUAAUAAUGAAAUUGUACCAAUCUGUGUAUUUUUAGCUGGUUUGUCAUAGUAAGCGUUUGUCAUCGGGUACUGACAUGCUGCGGUGUCCGUGACCAGGUCCAUAAUGUAAUCCAGGUUCACUUACUAUGUUGGUACUACAGAUAACUUCUGUUGUCCAAAGAAAAACUGAAUGGAGCGAUAGAUCAACACUGCAUAUUCAAUAACUGGCAUAAUUGCAGGGAUCAGCAGCCCAGGCUGAUUUAGUGAUUUUCUCCUGUUACCUCGAAAUCACUCAAAUGUGAUACCACUAAUGUAUCAAAUUCUUCUUAUUUAUUUUUUAGUUUUGAUUUAUUUUAUAUUUUUAUAAGUAGACUUAGUAUGAAGGAGUUUUUACAAUUGGCUGUGUGGGUAGAUUGAAAGGCAGAGUGACUUUGUUUAAACCAGUUGUCUUGCAGACGGGCUUACCUGCAGGGUGUACAAGACAAGACGAGCAGCACGCCGCAUAUUCAGGUGGUGAAAACCCAACUCUUGAGUACCGGUUCUUCACAGCAAGAGUUGGACAUUUCAUACUGUUUUUGUGCAGGUAUGCAAAAAGUGUGAAAGUAACCUACACAGCAUUUAUUUUGCACAUGACGACCGGGUGCAGGGGCUGGGCACAGUGGAGUCACUGCGAAGAAGUAAUACUGAAGAUUUAAUGUUUCGAGCGCGAGAAUUAGAUGUUAGAAGUAAUUUAUUUUUGUCUAAAACCAAAGUGCAACCAUUAUUUUUUUUUUUUAAGCCCCAAUAUCCAAAUUCUUCACUACUUAAUGUCGAAAUCAGUUUUAUGUUUAUGUAAUUUAACUGUAAUAUGAAUACGUUUAAGGAUGUUGUGAUUUAUAAUUCAGACGUGACUCUAGCCUUGGAAGCCCUUUGUGUUUCCUGUCUUAUGUAAUAUAAGAUGUUUUUAUUUUUUGAGGGACAUUGAAGGUAUAAGGGAGGUUUUUCAUAUUUAUCAUAAUUCUGAAUGUAAUAGUUUAUUAAUGCGACAGUUUUUUCUUUUAACAUUUCAUGCAAUCAGUGUUGUAAUACAAAGUUUUUGUUUUAUAUUGGUUUGGAUUUAAUGCUUAAUCGUUGGUGCAAUUUCUUUACCUUUUAUUUUGCCUUUGCUGCUGCAGACGACAGUUUAUUUGGUCAUGAGUUCAUCGGCCGCAUUUAUGAUUUGUGUCAUUGAUUAACUUUGUUUUCUGCCUAGAAGGAUCAACUCUCGUGUCACCGUGUGUUCCCACUGUCUCACGUAUAAAGUGACUCGUGACUGUCGUUUUAAUGAAAAUGUUUCAGGAACCCAUCAAUAAAUGAGCGGCGAUUAAGGCAUGUGAAUAAAUCUGGAAAACCUGCAUUCAAGAAAUCAUUUAAUAAAAAGACAAUUACAA